AUGUUGAAACCUUUGAACUUCCCCUUCAUUUUUCUGCUCCUUCAAAUUGGCCACAGUUUCGGCUAUGAUUUCUACAUUAAUGUGACUCUACCAACCGUCAAAAAUGGAGUUCGCCCGUUUAUUGUUGACACUACCUUCAGGACUAGCUUUGUCAUGGAUUACAAGACCUUCAACGGGACUCUCGACGAGUUGAGCACCUAUAAUCCAGAUGAUUCGUACUCUUUUGACAACAAAACGAGACCUUAUUCAACAUGGGCCAAAACCUCGACUGGCGACAAGCCCAUUUCUGGGUAUCUGGCCAAUGAAGCGUUCGAGAUCUUGCCCCAGAAAGGAGUAAGACACGAUUUUGGGAUCAUCACGAAGCCUGGAACUGAAGAUGUUGUCACAACUCUUGAUGGGAACACUCGCAUUGGGAGGCUCGGGUUCUACGAGGCUAGCCGAUAUUCCCCUUCAAUUCUGUUCCAUUGGCUACCCAAAUUCAAGGAGCAACGGGUGUGUGUUCACAUCACGGAAUCGGAAGAUCGAAGGUAAGGAUUGAUAUUUUCAAACGCUUGGAAAUCGCAUACAAAAUUCAUUUCCUUAAAUCUCCAUAUCAUUUUUUGUUUUUUCAAGGGGAUUGUAGGUGUUCAAUAGCCCCAAAGUUGCGUUGAAAGUAUUAUAAUCCAUCAUAAAAGUGGUGGCAAUUAGAGUGUCCACUAUAAAAGAGCGGCGGCCGUGCUUGACGGUCGGUAAAGUUACAUUGAUAUGAAAGUCAUAGAUGUUGAAGAUGAAAAGAUACAAAUGCUGCCUUCUUAUGGAGAUAUAAUUUUUGUUUUUUCAGUGUAAAGCAAAGUGUCGUUGCGAUUGGAGUCAAGCUCCCUGAAGGCCGCCUCAUUACCAAAUACAAUGACAAAUACAACUAUGGAUGGACUCGAAUCCCGAUCGGCGACUUCAGAAUCGACGGUGCUGAUACGAAAUUCGCCAGUUCGAAAGCCAUAAUCGACACGGCGUCGAGUAAAAUCACAUUGCCUUAUUGGACCUUCGACCGGUUGGUGCAGAUUCUGGAUGCCAAAAAGAACAAUGAAACGGGAGAAUGGACCGUUAGAUGCGACAAAAUCAAGACUUUUGGGUUUAGUUUGGCCUACAAGCCCUUUGAAAUUCCCUUCGAACGUCUUGUUUACCGCGAAAAGCCGGGAAGCCGGCUCUGUCGACUUCUUUUUGGCCGUGGCGCUGACUUAACCUACCUUGGAGUGCCGGCAUUCAUCAACACAGGAGUUUGCAUGAACCAUGAGAACCGGGAUUUGCAUAUCUACGAUUCCAGCUACAAAAAGGACUCUCCGAUCUUCGCGGAUGCCAAGGAUUACGGGGGAUUUGUUGGCAGCCAUGGUUACUAA